GGGUCGGGAAGUGAAAAGAAAACAUUUUUAGGGACUUUAACGUACAUCUAAGAAAAUAUGGGUACCAAAAUGCAAAUAAACAAACUUUUCCGCUUCCCCCUUCCCGCCGAUAUUUGUCCGAUGAACCGGAAAGCAGAACAAUUCCCCAAUUCUGAAGAUGGAAGAGAAUCAGUUGAUGGAAUCAGGGGUUUCUGAGCUGAACUCAAAUGCCUUCUUCAUCGACCCGGUUCGAAUCCUCAACCGUUCUUAUACCCGGUUUAGGGUUUCGCCUUCUACGUAUUACUCUCGCUUCUUCGAUUCCUUGAACUCAGCACAAUCUCCAAAAGCUUCCGAAGAUUCUAGAAAAGGAAAACGUAAGAGGAAGAAGAAGAUUCAAUCUCUCAACGAGCGCGAACAAAUCGCCGAUCGUCGUCACCAGGAGGUGAAGCCAUUCUUGUUGAAAGCGCAUGAAGCUCUGCUCGAAGCUACUGAUCUUUUGAAAGUUUUGAGAAAUUUGAGGAAUGAUGGAUGUUCUGUGGGGGAAUGUAAGGAGUUAUCGCAGGAAAGUAGUGAACUUUCCUUUAUGGAGCUCGGAGGUGUUUGGCAAGCUCCUUUGUGUGAGAUUGUUCUCAAUUAUCAGCAAGAUGAUAAAACUUUCCAAAAUGGAGGUUUUCCGCUUGCUCAGAGUAUUGAACAAAAAGUGACCCCUGUAUUUAAUAAUCUGGUUGCCAAUGAGGGAAGCUAUGAUAUAGAGGCUGAACUUUUUAAUCACAAGUAUAUUAUUCCCAAAAGGAGUUGUUUUUAUAUGUCUGAUAUGCAGCAGAUUGACAGCUUAAUCCCAGCUGGUUCUGAUUGUGGCUUCAAUCUCAUAGUUAUAGACCCCCCUUGGGAAAAUGGCAGUGCUCGUCAGAAAGUGAGGUACCCAACGUUGCCAAACCGAUACUUCUUAUCUCUCCCCGUCAAGCAACUUUGUCAUACCUCUGGAGCACUUGUUGCGUUGUGGGUUACCAACAGGGAGAAGUUGCGAGAUUUUGUGGAAAAUGAUUUAUUUCCCAAAUGGGGAGUAACAUAUGCUGCUAGCUUUUACUGGUUGAAGGUCAAGGCCAAUGGAAUGUUGACUGGUGAAUUGGAUCUCUUUCAUCACCGACCAUAUGAAUGUCUUCUCCUAGGUUACUGUGACGGAAAGGAUACACAUUCUGGGAAUUCAACAAGAUUGAAUCCUAUACCAGAUAAUCGAGUGUUCAUUAGUGUUCCUGGUGAUUAUUCAAGGAAACCCCCCAUUGGAGAGCUGCUGCUAGAUUAUGUGCCGGGGUCUAUGCCUGCUCGUUGCGUUGAACUAUUCGCUAGAGAAAUGAUAGCUGGCUGGACUUCUUGGGGGAAUGAACCUCUUCAUUUUCAGGAUUCGAGAUAUUUUGUUAGUAAGACAACAGAAAAUUGAUGUAUCCUGAUAAAAACGCCUCUUACUGGGAAGUUUCAGUCCAAACGACAUGGCGUCCUGACGAUUUC